AGUGUGUAUGUUUACGGAGCUAAAGUUGACAGGCAGUUGUUGUCAGGCCUACUACCUGUAGUUAGCCUCACCAGUGACCACUAAAGAAGACAGUGGGGAACAAAUAGAAUUGUGGGCUGGUAAAUGCAUUGAGGCUACAAUGGAGACGACAGGCAGUGCCACUGAAGGCGACCCUCUGAAGAGCGGAGAGGAAGGAGCAGAGACGGGAACAGCACCAUCAGCAGCAGAGCUGAAGAAGAAGAGUUAUAAGGAAGUCAUCGGGCUAACCAAGCUCACCCAUUGGAGAACCGGAUUCUUCUUCUUCUCCUUGUUCCUCUGCCUCACCAUAGUGUUCGCCUUCUCCUUCGUCCUCCCCUGUCCUGUCAGACCACAGUACAACGUUACUUGGAACAGGAAUUUCACUGAAGCAGAAACAUAUGACUUCUUAGCCAUAGAAGAUGCAAGCAAAGACAAGGUGAUGGAUGUCUUGUUUGUCCUGAAAGACACAGAACCCAGUCCGAACAACACGUGUGCUAAUGCAGGUCUGCCCUCUCCAUGUGUGUUUGUGAUGGCAGUGGACGGGACGGGUGGGAAGACACUGUGGGGCCGUCCGCUGGCUCCAGAGUUUCACUGGGCCCAGUGCGGUCUGGAAGAUGAAACCGGCAGAACCUGGGACUGUCUGCUGUCCCACUCCGACCAACUCACAGCUCUUGACAAAUUCACUGGGGAGGUCAGGUGGCAGCAUCCUCAGCCUCCUGGUCUGCGCAGCACCGUGCCCGUUCUGAGCGUCCCGGAUCUGGACGGGGACAAGGUCAGCGAUGUGGCUCUGGUAGCAUCUGACGACACUCAGGUAAACAUCAGUGGUAUAACUUAUGAUUUAGCAUCUAUCCUGACACAGGGUCCCAG